GAGACGCAUGCGUACUGGGUAGAAGCACCCGGUCGGAGGAGAGGGGGAAAAAGCCUUAUGUUCCAUCGGAUGUAAUCAAAGCAGAGAAUUCCCUCUUCUCGUGGUGCAUACAUGGUGAAAUUCCCAUGGGAUCAGAGCGGAUGGAGAUGCGAAAGAGGCAGAUGUCGGUGCAGCAGGAGUCGGCAGCGGGGGGAACUGCACCGGCCCAGCAGGACCAGCCGAGCCAGGCCAACCCGCGGGGCUCCAACGCGUGUUGCUUCUGCUGGUGCUGCUGCUGUAGCUGCUCCUGGAAUGAAGACAGGGAUGAACGGAAUCGAAAGGCAUCAUAUGACGUCAAGGAAGGGACCUCAGACUGUGAAGACUGCCCAAACCCCACGCUGGAGGAGGUGCGCACGUGGGGGCAGUCGUUUGAUAAGCUGAUGUGCUGUCCAGCUGGGAGGAACUCUUUCCGGCAAUUUCUCCGCACCGAGUUCAGCGAGGAGAACAUGCUGUUCUGGCUCGCAUGUGAGGAGUUCAGCAAAGAGACCAAUAAAAGUGUGAUCGAGGAGAAGGCCCGGCUCAUCUACGAGGACUACAUCUCCAUUCUCUCGCCGAAAGAGGUGAGUCUUGACUCUCGAGUGCGUGAGGCGAUUAACAGGAACAUGCCGGAGCCCAACUUGCACACGUUUGACGAUGCCCAGUUGCAGAUCUACACGCUAAUGCAAAGAGACUCGUAUCCCCGCUACUUGAACUCCCUAGCGUACAAAAACCUGCUCAAACCUCUGUCAGAGCAGUCCCCCGAAUCUUAGGGUGGCAACGACAACCUGUGAUCUUUUAAUCCUCUUUGCCCUUUCUUAGUCCUUCAAUCCCCCCCACAACCCACCCGACCCAAACCCCGAGUUUAUGAAAAAAAAAAAAAGUUUUCUUCUUUGUAUGUUCAGUGUAGGAUUACAUGAGCCAGGCCUCGGGCCCCCGGCCCCGGCCCCUCCCAGGGAUCUCAGCGAUAUUGUGAUCUGCACCUGACCGAAGACAACUCAGGUCUGAAAAACCUCCCGAGGGCUCGACAUCACAUGUACUGCUACAGAUCAACAUAGCAAAACACUCCAAAGGAAUAUGAAUAACACUUUAAUCCUGUUUCUUUUUCCUUCUUUUUUUUUUUUGAUAGAAAUAUUCUAUUUUAUUUGUGUUCAAAGUUUUUUAUGGUCCGUUUUUUUUUUUGUAUGAUUGUUUUUGAGGAAAAUGAUUCCUAUUGUAGACUAUCUAUACAUAUAUACAUAUAUAUUUAUGAGUUUGUAAAUAGUUCAAAUGAAAUUGUGGGUAUUUUAUGUGGAAACGCCUGGUUCUAUUUACUGCGUAUGAAAAUCAAAGCUCAAGUCAAAGCUGCACAUUAGCUUGACUUGCUGGCAGCUUUGUGGGGUACUGUUUAAUUUUUUUUUUAUUCUUAUUUAUUUCACUUCGUUUUGUUACCUAACCUCACACUUCAGUAUCUGUGGCAGCGACUUGGCAACUCCAGUUCAUGCACAACCUGUGUGUGGUUUAAAAGAAAUGUGUGUAUGGUUACCAGAGAAGUAACAGGGUGCAAUAAAUGAAAGUCAGUAAUGGUGAAGAGUGUUUUAACCUUUAUCAAUUGCCAGCAUAAGACAAUGUUGUUGUUUUUCUAAUGCUAGUGGGACUCUUUGCACAAAUCAUAGGUUUAUCAGAGAUUUAUUGGUGUGUGAUUCUAAGCUGAGUAGAUUUUUACCAGAGAAAGUAUUUUAUUUAAUAUUGCGACAUGUCAAGAAAAAUUCAAAUUAUAUUUAAUUAUUUUGAUGGAGUAAAUAACACAAAAAAAUCAAGACAUUUUAUUCAAGCUAUUUUAUGGGUCUGUAAUUUUUCAACAACUUUCCAAGGUUUUCCUGAUAGUAGCUAUAUUCUUUCCGUUAAUAAAAGAUAAUUUGUUUUAGUUAUGCAAGUUGUGCUCCAGUUCUGCCCAGCAUUGUUACCCUGAUGCCCAUUCCUCUAAACAUCUUUCACCAGAAUAUUUCAUAUCAGGGAGCCAUGCAGUAUUAUGCUCAUACUUUAUUGAUCAACACCUAACCGCACCACAGUGAUGUAGCUGUCAAAAUGGUAUUAUGAUGCAUUCACACACCAUUAAAACUCUUAAGUUCAUCUUCAGUCAGUUUACUCCCUGUUUCUGUUUACCACCACAGAACUCACUUAAGUUUGAUGCGCAGAAUAAGUCCAUUUUCUGCCUCACCCAUAAACAGCCAAACAUCCAUUAGACAUUUUUUUUUUUUUAAAGUUUGUUGUUUUGUUUUGUCCAGAGGAAGAACCAGUAAUCUGUGGACAGACAUGUAGAGUGACAACUUCAAAACUGGUGCCAUUUCAGAUGCACUGUCAUCAUUUAUACAAACCCAUUGCAGUGUGAGGUCAUGAGUGCCAACGUCGACACUCACAUGUGAGUCCAUGUGAUUUUGAGAUUCCUAAAUAUAAAAAGUUAAAGUU